AUGUUAGCUUCGGCUCUUAUCUUCUCUCCUUUUUUCCUUCUUUUUGUGGAAUCUUGUCUUAAAAUUAAUUACUCGACACCACCAAAAUGCGAGUGUAAAUCUCUCGCAUUGGAUGCAUCUAACAUGCAACAGAAUAUUGGAACUAGUUCAUUCUAUCCAAAUAUCUCUCUUCAUUCAGUUCAUUCUCCAAUUGUCUCGAUCGAUGACUGUGUUCUAACUGCUCACUGUAUGGAAAAUUACGAUUUAGUCGGUUUCGACCCGGAAAAGGCCACCAUGUUUGGUAAAUACAAUGCAGAAGGAUUCUGUGAUCCAUAUACUCAGAAAUGGAUAAUUGAUAAUGGCGAUGGCGUUGGAUUGACAACUUACUCUCAAUUUUUUGGGAUUUGUGUGGACUACUCGAAACAAGCAACAACUCCUGUUCCACAAUCGAGGUGUAGAGAUUGUCAUGCUCUCGCUUUAUAUAACAGUCAUGGAACAGACGAUUUAAUCGGCUUCUCUUCAGCAUGGUACCUUUAUAACGGAUGCUCGCAAGAACAAAUAUAUUGUAACAGAGUAGAUGAUCUAGUUUGUGAAGUUUUUGGAAUAAUGGCGACAACUGAUUCUGGAACUUAUCGAAUUGAAGAUGCAUAG